AUGUUCCAAUCCAUAUUGUUCCUCGCUUUUUAUGGCCGACCAGUUUUCGGGAGCGCCGCUGCUCGUGAUUACGCAUGUGUCAACACGGCAGAGUCUCGUGACUGCUGGAAAGAUGGCUUCAACAUUGAGACUGAUUAUUAUGGCAAAGAAGAGGCGCCCGAGGGAAAGCUUGUGGAAUACGAACUCACCCUCAGCCAGCAGAUAAUCUCACCAGAUGGGUAUGAAAUGCUUGGCAUGGUUGUCAAUGGACAAUAUCCGGGCCCAACCAUUGAAGCAGAUUGGGGUGAUACUCUAAGAAUCACCGUAAAGAACAAUUUUACAGAAAACUACAAUGGGACUGCUGUUCAUUGGCAUGGCAUCCGCCAGAAAGAGACGAAUUGGCUGGAUGGCGUGCCGGGUGUCACUCAGUGCCCCAUAACUCCCGGCGACUCCCAAGUAUAUGAGUUUCGGGUAACCCAAUACGGCACAUCAUGGUAUCAUUCUCAUUACAGUCUGCAGUACAGUAAUGGAGCUUAUGGGCCUAUUGUUAUUCACGGCCCUUCAAGCGCCAACUGGGAUGUAGAUCUUGGUCCCUGGCUGCUCAGUGAUUGGUACCACGAUGACGCCUUUGCCCUGGAUCAUGUAGGCAUAACCACAAAUCGCGCGGCGAUUCCAAAGUCUUCAUUGAUCAACGGCAAGGGCUACUACGAGUGCGAUCCCACAAACGAUGCUAAAUGCACAGGUACGCGUGACUACUACGAGGUCGUACUUAAACAAGGGACAAAGUACAAGUUUGGCAUCAUCAAUACGUCCACUAUCUUGACCUACACAUUCUGGAUCGACGGGCACAAUUUCACCAUUAUAGCCAUAGACUUUGUGCCAAUCGAGCCUUUGACUGUAGACACUCUCAAUGUCGGCAUAGGCCAACGAUACGAAAUCAUCAUAGAGACUAAUCCCGAUUUUGAUGAUGACAGCAGUUUCUGGAUGCAUGCACAAUAUUGCUUCAUCAAUCAGACAGAUAUAGUAGACGACAAGGUCGGCAUAGUGCGAUACGAGUCCGCUGGGUCCAGUGAUCCGCCAUAUAUCAACAAGUCAGACUACCACUUGAACUUUGGCUGCGCUGACCCCAAACCGGAGAGCCUCGUGCCUAUCCUUAAGCAGCAAGUUGGUGCCCAGGCGAACCCUCUGGCCGCCGAGGACUACUUCAGGGUUGGCUUGGGCAACUUUACCUGGCCGGAUGCGACAAACUCAACCGGCUCUGUCUUCUUGUGGUUUCUACAAAAGCUGCCACUGUAUGUAAACUGGAGCGAACCAAGCGUCAAGAAGUUGACCAUCGACGAGACGGCAGACUUCCCGCCCAACUCUAGGCCCAUAGAGCUCGACUAUGAGACGGGGCAGUGGGUCUAUUUUGUCAUUGAGAGCGACUGGGAUCCCGCGGGCGCCGUCGAUCAGUAUGGCCAGGAGAUACGCGUAGAGCCCUCGGUCCACCCCUUUCAUCUCCACGGCCACGAUUUCUUAAUCUUGGCUCAGGGACUUGGAAAGUUCACUUCUGACAUCCAGCCCAACUUGGACAACCCACCCAGGCGAGAUACGGUGGACGUGGAGCCCCUCGGGUACGUCUGGAUUGCUUUCCAGAUUGAUAACCCAGGAGCCUGGCUAUUUCACUGUCACAUUGCUUUCCACUCCAGUGAUGGUAUCGCAAUUCAAUUCUUGGAGCAACCAAGCAAGCUGAAACCGAUCAUGGAAGAAGCUGGUGUAUUGGGCGAUUUUGCUGAUCGCUGCAACAAAUGGGAUGAUUGGUAUCAAGCAGUCAACAUUCCGCACAAUGCUACUCAGGCAGACUCUGGGGUCUGA